CCUUGUUUAUAGCCGCAACGAAUCUGUAAUCUUCUCUAACGCAAAAAUCUCCAACAAUUCCGUCGAAAUAAAGUUCAAUUCUUUCUCUCUUCCGUAAAUUUUCUCUGAAAUUGAGCCCUCCAAUCGUUGUAUUACACGAACGGUGAUUCCUGCUGUUGAUUGGAUGCAUAUUCAAUCAGAUCUGCCAACGCCAAUGCAAAACAAUGGUGUUAGCGGCGGCGACGUGAAACCUGAAGACGUGAUUGUGAAGCUCAAGGAUGACGGCGAUUUCGAUCGUCUUCGUCUCAAAAUCAUUCGAAAGCUGAAGGACAAUGAAGAGUUGCGAAGCAAUAUCAUAGCAAUGGUAAAACAAUCGGUAGCACUUAACCGUCCUGGUGCUGAAAAUAUGAAACCACGACAACUUUCUGAUGCAAUACAUCAAGAAAUUGGUGAUAAACUCAUGAGCCAAGUUUCUGAUGGUUUGUGGAAUAUAAUAAGAUCACCUGAUGGCAUGAAAUCUGAAAUUACAGAAACUGUAGAAGCAGUUUAUGAUAGAUUAUCAAACCCUCGAGGAAAAGAAAAUGGUGAAUCAUCUUCACAUAAGGAUCCAUGCUCUGUUCAGAAUAAACAUGGAAAUAAUGGUAAUGCUACUGGUGUUAAUGAAACUGAUAGCACACUGUCAGAUGGAGACCAGAGUGAACCACCAGGAUUUGGUUUAACUGAUGCACGCCGGAGAAGCAAGAGGGCCAAAACAGUACAAUCAAAUAAUAUUAGGAUGCCUAAACCUAAUAUUGAACAACGAGAAGGAAACCAGGGAUGUAACAGACCUUCAGAGGCAUUGCCCAAGCCUGACAAUUUGGAUGAUGAUGCUCCACCUGGAUUUUCUUCCAUGCUCAAGCAUAAAACUUCAGGAGAAGUUAGUGAUGAAGAUCCGGAUGUGCCUCCUGGAUUUGGUUGACUCAACAUACAGCUCUAAGGUUUUGUACUAUGAAGUGCUAUUGACCUGAGCAAAAUAGGGCAAGAUUUGAUUGGUGUACCCGAAUGAAUUUUGAAUCUAAAGGCCUUUACAAGCCAUGGUGCCUGGACUAGUUUUCCAUUUAUACAAUGAUCAAAGGUCAGAGGACAGAACUGAGGAAUUAUCAUUUACUUCUUACUGUUUUACAUUUUUUAAAAUAUUAAUGGGGAAUCCCAAUGUGCUAUUUAGAUACAUAUUCAUUAUUUAACCAUGCCACUUCUAGUUGGUCUUAAAUUUGAGACGCUUGAAUUUUUUCCAUGUAAUAACAUUGUAAAUCUUAUUGAGGUCUUUUUGUGAGUAUAUACACACACACUGAGUUUCUUGUUUUAGUUAUCUUAAGCAUUCAUUAGAUAUUCUUGAUACUUGUUCCAUAUUUUGAGUUCUUUUUCAUGAUUGGGUUUUGAUUGUUUGCAUGACAUGACAAGUUUUUUAGGAAAAUAUAAACAAAGAGGAGCCGAGCCUAUAGUAACCCACCCACCAGAUUGAUGACACUUUCUUAAUUUUUAUCAGCCCAUGUUAGUAUGAUGUUGAAUUGUACAGGAAACAUGAACUUGCAUUCCGAAAUGCAAUUAGAUUUUGGAUGUGUUGCCUGAUACAACCUUUGUGGUAUCUUAAUGCAUUCAUUGUAAUUUCUAACACCCCAUAU